AAUGUGCCAACGGUCCUGGCGGAAAGGGCAAGGCCACUAGCAGACGGUUUCCUGGCGAGGCAACGUUCCAUCACAUCGGUCUAAACACCAGGACUGUCUCGCUAAGCGGUCAUGUCAGAACCACCACUGAAAUAUUCCAUCUCUUUCCCAGAUCGCGAUAAGCUAGCUGGCGAAGAGGAUGAGGGAAAUUCUUUUGAAAUAAUCGGCAAGUGUAUUGGUGAAGGUCGAACACCCGUUGUCGUCUUGCUGGGAUGGGCAGGAUGUAAUGACCGACACCUUUCUAAAUACAGUGCUAUUUACGAAAAGGAGGGGUAUAUCACCUUAGGAUUCAUUAUUCCAGCGCCUGUGCUAUUUUUCCAAUCAUAUAAACUCCAUGAUAUAGCAAAAGGUCUAAUGGACGUUAUAAUCAACAACAACAUUGCUGAUAACCCCAUCAUCUUCCACAUCUUCAGCAAUGGAGGAAGUAUGGUGUACACCAGUUUGUCCGCCUUGCUUAACUCACCAGAAUCCCCAUACCAAGGCCGCCUGUGUAUACGUGGAAUUAUAGUUGACAGUGCCCCCGGUAAAUCUCGUGUCUUCAAUGCAGUUCGUGCUUUCAUGUCUACCCUAUCAUCAAACUUCAUCCUACGAUACAUUCUGGGCCUGUGUCUUCUGAUCUAUCUCCUGCUGAAUCGCUUGGUCAAUCUUUUGCUACCCUUGGAAACAGUACUUGGCAAAGGAUUCCGUGUGUAUGAAAAGAUGUGUCUGGACAAAACUCAAUGUCCCCAGCUCUUUCUCUAUUCCAAAGCAGACACCGUCAUCAUGGCUGCUGAUGUAGAGGAAGUCAUCGCCAGACGUAAAGAUCAGGGUGUUGAUGUCAAGUCCUUGUGCUGGGAGGAAUCAGCCCACGUGGCUCACUUUCGUGCAAACCCAGAGUUGUACACUAAAACAUGCCUAGAGUUUGCCGCAGAAUGUUUUAAGAACAACAAAAAUAGUCCUUCACUCCUUGCUGGCUGGAAUAAAAUGUGAGCUGGUCUUCCCGUUGACUAGCCAUCUUUUGAGGUGGUAUGUAUCCCAGGCAGUAUUUGCCCAAGACAGCUAUUAAUCUAGUUGGGUUUUUGUCGUAUUAACAGAUCAUAAGACUGUUAUAUCUGAUUAAGCUUGGCAAAUUUUAUCAACAACUUUAACAACAUAUAAACCAAAAUGUUUAUGAUUAGCCUGUGGAUUACUAAUAUAAACCUUUUGGGUAUGUUCUGUUUUAUACUAUGAGAAAAGGUUUUUUUUUAAUAACACAGUUGUUACCUCUCAGCAGUCAUAAAAGAAUGUUAUACAAUAACAGCAGUAAGUGGACUUAUGAUUCCAUAGCAGGUUUCUCAUUCUUGCAAGUCAUGUGUAAGGCAAAUAACAUCAACUGUCACACACAACAAUAGAUGGUAUAACUCAGCAUAAGAGUUUUUGCACAGAACUGAUUGUCGCUGUAAACAAUUGCCAGAUACUAUGUUUAAUGACAAGUAAUGUCAAGUAAAGCAGUUGAUUCUAAAGAUGGCUGAAAAUGCAGUCAGAUUGAGCUAGUCAGACAACAUUGAUACUCUACUCCUUGUUACAUUGUGUAAGUUAUUGUGUAUGUAUACAACAAUAGCAAUAUACUUGUCAUAUAACGUAAGCAUUUGUAUAUUUGUGUGUGUAGUACAUGUGUGUGUGUGAGAGAGAGAGGUGUGUGUGUGUGUGCAUGUUUGAAUAAUCACUGAGUGGAGGAAAAUAGGAAUAAGAAAGAAAAAAAGGAUCUUUUUAUUGUCUUGAUUUGCAUCUAUAUUCAUAAUGCAGUGUGCAUACAUCUUAAAUAAAAUCAGUUCUUUGACUGGUACAUGUCAUCAUUUAUGUUGAGAUUUGCAUCAUAAAUAAGCACUCAUAUCCCUUUUAUUUUUUUAUCUGUCUACUUAACAUUGCAUGGAGAUUAUUAAAACAUGGCAACAGUUUUUAUACAUGCAUGUUUAACUACUCAUCAGUGGUCCAGAUUUGUUUUUAACAAGAAUAAAUGGGUGGUAUAUUUUACUGUAAUUUGGUUUUAUCAUGAGCUUUUAUGCAGUGCCAUUAAACAGACCUUGCUUUACC